AUGAGUGUGUGGUUUGGGCCUAGUCCCAAUUUUAUUACGAUACUUGCUAAAUUAAUUUUAUUAACAUCAAUAAUAAUAUGCACUCUGGAAUUUGGGGAAAUGAUUUUACCUGUUGGAAAUGCAUUGAUACAUGGUAUACCACUUAUAGUAACUUAUAUAAUAACAUAUUCAGUCGCAGAUAUAUUAAAUGCAAUCUUUAAUUGGUUUAUGAGUAACCAUCCAAAUGUUCAAAAUGCGCCUAAUGAUGACGACUUAAGGCUAGCAGCUGCAAAUACGCUCAAUGGUAUUUCAUUUGCAAUAAAAACUACUUCGCCAACUCCAGGCUUAUUGCCAACCUAUAGCAACAGUUUUAAUGUUGAUCCUUUAACACCAUGCGGCCCUGGAGAUGAAUCAUGUCCAGAACUGUUACAAGAUAGAUUUAGGUUUAUGUGGAUUCAGGGAGCUGCCAAUGUACUAAUAAAUGGUGUCACUAAACAAUUAGCUUCAAACUGGGGAGAUGAUCUGAAUGUUUUUGGUUUGUCUAUUAUAUGUAAUCCCAAAGACCCUCCUAAUUUUCCAGGGUUUAAUAAUUUUACUCGCCGCAGCUUAUUAAAUACAGGACCAAUGAAUGUAACAAUAAUGAAUUUAUCAAAGGCCGUAGAAAAGGAUUCUUGGCUAGAGAAUCGAUGGAUAGCAGAGGUUAUAAGUCUUGAACAAGACAGCCUUAACGAAACGACAAUAUUAACUGUUAAUUUCGUACAAAUUUUAGCUUUUAACUCAAUAUGUGAAGAUAGUAUUAAUGCUGGAAAUUUUAAAUUAUGUUAUUCAACAAUCGGUAAAAAAAUCCCUUGCUUCAUGAACACACAUGUUGAGAAUGUUUCUUCUGUACCAGCUGGAUGUAAUGACAAAUGUGCUGCUGUAAAAGGAUGGGCUGGUCUCAAUGAUGAGAGAAUAAAUUAUUCAAGCCCAAAACCAGUAUAUGGUGAUUAUAUGCAUAAAUCACUUGCUAUAUAUGGUGGUCAUAUUUUAAUGCCUCAAUGUAUAGAAAAUUCAGUUGGAUGUGUGAAUUCCAAUGAAAAUAAUGUAAGUCAGGUGCAAAAUAGAUUUGCUGAAUUAAUGUAUGGAAUUAUUGCAUCUGGAGUCAUGGCUAGACGAAGCUUGUUGUCAAAUAGUGGCAUAAUGUUGAAUGUUCAAAAUGUGGAAAAAGGGGUCGCUGGAAUAAAAAUAAUGUUUGAAAAAGGAUAUCGUAUUACAGUUAUCGCAAUAAUUGUUUUAUGCUGGGUUGCAUUUAUAUGCUGGCUUAUUUGUGCCUUUAAUCAUAAUAAUUGUAUAUUUAAUUAUGAUUUUGAUCACGAUACUCAAUUAAAUAGCAAAGCGUUGGCAGUAGGACCCAAUAACCCCAUUGUUGUGCCUGUUAACCCCGUUAACCCCAUUGUUGUGCCUGAUAACCCCGUUAACCCCAUUGUUGUGCCUGAUAACCCCGUUAACCCAAAUGUUUUGCCUAAAAGUUGUUUGGAUUUAAAAUAUUUAUUAUUGGUUGCAUGCUUUCAAAUUACCUUUGAAUUUUCUAAUAAUUUUUUAAUCUGUUGUAUUAAAUUAGAUUGUAAUAAAGAUAUUGAUAAUAAUAGUGCCAAAUAUAAAGAAAUUUAUAAUGGUGCUGAUGGCAAAAUAGUUUGUAAUAGUGCUGAAGGUGAUGUAGCUUGUAAUAAUGCUAAAGAUGAAGUAACAUGUAAUGGCACAAAAGGUAAAAAUACUUGUAUUGUUGAAGAUGAAGAGCCUUGUAAUGAUAAUGAUGACAAAAAUACUUGUAAUAAUUCUGAAAGUAAUGCUGAAGGGUGGUGUUGA